CUGUACACGGCCGGCGACGGCAGUGUGAAGCACUAUCCCGCGUACCUGCUGGAGGAUGGCUCGUUGGAGCGAGACGGCCGGAUCUAGCGGGUACGCAGGGAAGAUGGUGUCGGCAGUGCAGGCCAUGGAGGAGAUCCUGGUGGUGGCCUUGGGACCGCAUGGCAGGGCGGUCCUGAUGCGCGAGCCAACAGGCUCCUUCACCAUGACGAGGACUGGACUGGAGAUACUGCGUGCCUGCUACUCCACCCCUUGCCCUGUGUCCUGCGUGCUGUUGAGCUCAGCCCAGAAGCUGUACCAGCAGUGUGGUGACGGGGUGAAGGGCUUCGUGAUCCAAGUGUCUGCCUUGCUACGGCGGUGCUCCAACAGCACCCGUCCGAACCACGUCGCCAGACAGCUCAUGUUUCUUCACCAGAGUUUGCACGGGCUUUGCGUUCGUACCGGUCAACAUUCGUCCGCAGGUCGACUGGAUCCAGACAUCUUGCAGGAAGUGCUGGUCACGUUCUUGACGUGUCGUUUUCCAAACCUUGUGGCUCGUUCUUUGGCAGGCCUGCUUUCUGAAUGGAUCCCAACCUUGCCAGGCUUAAAACUCGCUGUUUGUAAAUUUGAUCUCCUGUGCCUUCAUCAGUGCUCGGGCUGUGUGGCCGACUCCCGAGUGCGGCAGGGCUUCUGCAUCACGCGAGGAGCCGACAACUUCCUGGGACCGGGAUUGUACGACAUCAGGAUGCUGUUGCUCGAUGACGCUCACGCUGAUGACGGCAGGUUCGACAGCCUGGACGUGCAGUGUGAGGUGAAUGUGCUGGUUGGAGAGCUGAAGUCUCGCAAGGAACCCAACACGACAGAUGUAUCCGGGACGCUUCUCAUCACUCGUGCCAUGUUGCCUGAUCAUGCCAUGUUUGUGUUGAGGCAGCACCGAGUGUCCAUCGUUCAAGGUGUUCUCAAAGAAGAAAUGGACUUUGUCUACUCAUCGCUCGUGAAGAAUGGAGAGAACAUGUUACAUGUUCGAUUGGAGUUGCUGGGCUCGAAAGAGUGCACGUGGCUAGGUCUUCCAGGUGUUUCACAACUCCUGCUGAGUGCACCCACUGUCAGUCUCGGGCGGGAGUACGCCAGAGUCAGUUGUGACGCCCUGAAGGUCGUCUCCCAGCUGGAAGAGUGCAGCGUCCUCGCAGCCAGCGGCCAGUUUGAAACUUCACUGUUGGCCCACCUGCGUGACAGGUUCAAGCUGCAGCCAUUACAGCUGGCCACGGGGAGCAUUGCCGGCCGCUCGAAGCUGGUGGAGUGGCACCAGAAACUGAACAGGGCGUCUCUCUCCUCGGAGCAGAAUGCUGGCGAGCUGUCCGAAGUGUGCGAGGCCAUCGCGGGAGCGUUUGACGGCGUGGACGCAGACGUGGUCGAGGCUGUGGGCCACGCGUUACUGGCAGUCGUGCAGAAGUUACCGCCCACUGAUGGUGCUAGUGGCAGGGAACCAGUGGCACUGAGACUGGCUGUACUCCAGCAUGCCCUGGCGACUACUCAAGCUCUUCUCAAGGUCGAUGCUGUCGUGCCAGUUCGCACCGAUGGUAAACAGAACAUGUGAGAGCUGACAGAACGUUGUUCGCUGUCAAUAGAUUUCUCUUAAUUAUAACUCAACUUUCAUAUGUUCCUUUUCUGUUAAUGAAAUUCUAAACAUUCUGACAUUGCUACUGAAAAACUUGUUUCAAAAAUAGCUAUAUCACUGAACUUUUAUGUUUAAUUUACACUUCUUCUUUAAGAAUAUCACUUUGAAAGUUAAAGCUUCAGAUUAUUAGAAAUUUCCUUUUCCAUUUUAGCGCAUCAUCAUAAAAAUAAUUAAAAUUAAUUUAUAUUUAAUAGUUAAACUUUCAUACUUUAUUGUUAGGCCUGUUCGAAUCAAAUACAAAUAUCAAAUUAUUCUUGAAUAAGACUAUCAAAUUCGAAUGCUAAGGAAAGAAUGAGAAUUAUAAUCCCACUAAAAAAAGGUUUCCACAUCAUGUAACAACUUUUGGAAAAUCAACAAAUAAUACUAAAGUGAAAGAUAUUUAAGUUAAGUCAGCUACAAUAAUUACAUGCAAAAUUAUGUUAAAAUAUUCUAAUUAUAAAAUAAUUUCUAUUCUAAUUAUGCAGCUAACAUAACUUAACCUAACCUUACUUUACCCAACCAACCAAACAACCAACCAACCGACCAACCAACUCCAACCUUUAAUUUCAAUUCUCAUUCGCCGUAUUUUCCACAACUUUAGAAUUUGAUCCAGAAAAUUUUUGCUAACUGCAAAAUUCCAUGCAGUCUAUUUUAUUAAAAAUGUGAAUCUUUUUGUGAAAUGCUUUAUUCUCAAAUUAGUGAUUGAAUGAGAUCAUAUUUACAUAUUUAAGCCCUAGUUAUUCACGAGUUUUCAUUGUUAACUGUAGCCGGGUAUAUUGUAUUUUGUUCAGCAAUAUUAUAUCAUCUUGAAUCUUAAACCAUUAUUUACGUUUAUGUUAUAUAGUUUUGAGUCACGUCUGUUUCGUCAUAGAUGUAUGCAGCAAGUAAGCUGCUACUGUUUCACAUGGUGUUAGUUUGACUGUGACUAUCGAUUUAUAUGCCGUUGAAACUGACAAUUAAUUCUUUUAAUGACUAUCCAAUGGAGUGUCAGUUUUUUGUAGUGUUAUAGCCCAUUCAUGUUUUUUUUUUCUUUUUUUUUUCUUCCCCACUUCUGGUGCAUGUGACAAAAAGAAUACAAAUAAUAUUUAGUUUUAAGUUUGAAUUGACAAAUAUGCCAUGAUUUGAAUUGUUUUUGCGAUUUUUUCCGUUGCUGUUUAGCACGUCUUUAUUGAGAAAAAACUUUGAAUACUUGUUGCAUGUUUAAAACGUUGCUUAUUGUUCAUGUUUUUGGUUAUGAAGUCCCAUUAAACAUCAAAAAGGGUAUUUAUAUUGUACAAAUGACUUAAUCUCAGCAGUGUACGUUGGUAUAUGACAAACUCACAAGGUUUGCUAUGUCAAAUAUUUGUUAUUUCGAAGUGUUAGUGUUCGAGGUUAAAUUGAAUACAAAUAGUUUAUUAUUCGUAUUCAAUAAUUCAAAUAUUCGCACAGGCCUACCUAUUUAUUAUACUAUUUGUUUGGAGAAAAUAUAUGCCAGCAAAUUUUGUACCAUAUAUUAUUGUUAUUUACCUUUUAAAAUACAAAUUUUUAUUUUAAAAUCUUUGGAAUUUAUCUGUACAGUUACAAAUGUUAAAAACUUAAUAGAUUUUAUUGCUAAAUGUUAACAUAAAUUUACAUUUUUAGGGAGAAAAUAUGUCUAAUGUUUCAGAUUUAAUUCAAUUUAAGACGUCACUCGUAUGUAAGUGAGUUAUAUUUGUAAACCAGGCAGCCUUCUACUGUCCUAUGUAAAGUUCUUGAACAUAAUUGAGACAUUUUCUGUUUUUAGUAUUUAAAAUUAUAAAAGCCAGUUUUCGGUUAGGUGAGUGCCAUUACUCGUAUAGGUAUUACUUACAAGACAUGUGAAUUCAAUUUUUUCUUUGUUGAAUGACUGAUGGAUGAACACUGUUUAGCAAAAAAAAAAAAAAUCUGCUGUUGCAAGUACUUUACUAGAAGGAAAAGGUGUUGAGAAUAAUCUUAUCUCCUUUAUUGGAAAACUACUCAAGCUGAAUAAUUAACACCAGCCAUUAUUUUUAUUCAUGCAAUAAUGCCUAUUGAGGUGCAUCUUUUUGUUACAUCUUUAAGAAUUUACAAUUUUCUAUUUUCGCUUAUUCAUCAAGUACAUUUAUCAAAACAAUUUGUCAAUUAAAAAAAAUGAAAGUGUGGAUUACUGCCUGUAUACUGUACAUGUAUUUUAGUUGCAUUCCAAAGAGUUGGUUGUGCUUUCAAGAUAUGAAUAUUUUUCUUAAACAAUUAUUGGUUGUGAAUGUCACGGGUACGAAAGUAAACAUCUUCACAAGAUUGCAGUAUUGUUGAACCUCUUAUCUGCUCUACCAGUUUCACACUUGAUAUAUUGUAGAGCUGUGAUAAUUAUACUCAUCUGGUACGUUUUGGUACCCCCUAUUAGUUGGCAGUUUUUGAAUGUUUCCUCGUCGGUUAUAAUAUUGGGCAAAUGCUUCAUGAUUGUUUUAGACAGUACAACAAAGAGGCAUUCGUUGUGAAAGACAAAUUUUAUUGUAGUAUGAAUGCUUAAAUAGCCAAUAUGAAUGUUCUGUUAGCUUCAGUUUUACAAUAAAACAAAGAACAAAAAGAAAUUGUGUUGUUUUAGUUUAUAUAUUGUUGUUGUGUUGUUCAAGCAUUGCCUACAGUAUUAAACAAGGCCAAUACAUCCAUGAGCUUGAUGUUUGUUUAAAUGUGAAGGACAUCACACACCUCUCAUGCAGUGAGAAGACGCCUAUCCGUCUAAGAUGAUUUGUUGCCAACAGCAUGAAGGGUAGUAAGCAAAUCAGAAUCUUGUUCAUUAUCUGAAGUAAUGAAACAAUUGCUCCACCGGCUAAGAACGGCCAUGCACCACCACCCACCGAACCAAGAAAAAGCUCUCAAUCUGUCAGUUGUUCCGGUGUCCGGGCCUGGUGGGGUCAGACCAAGCCGCAAGCUCCACUCCUGAUGGCGCUCUUCCGUCAAUUCCUUUAGGUUUCAGCUUUCAACCAUGCUUCCCUUGAAACCCCAAAGGCUGCUCGCUGAGAGAUAAAAGGAACUUCAACUAAUCAUUAGCUGGCUUCGUUUGUGGAUUAAAGAGUUAUUUUAUCUAGACUGUAAAGGUUUAGUUAGGUAAUGUUACCUCAUUCAACAUCCAAACAAUGUUUUUAUGUUCUGUAAAUAAUUAUGUACAAAAAAAUUUAAAAGUAAUUAACUAUAAAGCAUUAAAUUUAUUAAAGUAUGGAGCUCUAUAUAAUGUAAUUAAAGAUUGGUAAAUUAUACCAACCAUAUGCUAUUAUGACAUAGAAGUUAAUUAACUUUGUAACUUGAACUAGACAAAUAUUUGCCAAGUUUUUAAAACUCUUUUGUACGUAAUUAUGAAACUGUAUAAAAAAUGUAAUCGCUAUUCCUGCCUCAGGAUACAAACGAAUGCUUGUUAGCAGUCUCAGCUGUUGACAGCAGUAAAAGAAAUUGGGCCACUGUGUACAGCUCAUAAACACACAUCUCUAGCCAUUGCACAAAGUGCUAGUGUCUCUGAGUUCAGGAAUGCUCUUAGAGGCCAGUUCUAAGCUUUGUGACGAUGCGAAGGCUCUGUGUGAAUCACAUGGGCAGCAGUCGAGAGGCUGAAGAGCAUGUGCAUUGAAGCAGUGGUUAGUUAAAUAGUUAAGUAACGGGGGUGGAGCCAAACUGAUGGGAAGGAGGUAUCAUAAAAGCUAGUGUCUACAUUCUGGAAAGUCAGGGAAGUUGAAAUUGGUCAGGGAAAUGGUUCUACAGAUUUGUGUGGACAACUUGUAUUAGUAUUAUGUACUAAUUAUGUUCUUUUAUGACCUGGCAGUCAAUAGUUUCCUCUUAUUACAUUCCUCACAUUUCCAUUUCAUUUCCAUUUGUUUGUCUGUUUGUUUGUCUGUUUGUUUGUUUGUUUGUUUGUUUGUCCUGGACUGGUGAAACCAGGACUCCAAGGGGCAAAUGACCCUCUAUAAUCUGCUGCUGUGGUCAGAGUUGCUCAAAUCAUAUGUAACAGUAUUUAUAAGUAUACCUAUAUGUGCAACACAUAUUAAUUUUAUCAGCACAUAUGAAUAAAAAGAAGUCAUGUUUUAAGUAAGUUUUGAGCUAGCCUUACUGCUUCACAUCCCAUGUUGGAUUGUUGUCUUUUCAUUUUCAGUUUUCAUGUCAUCAUUAUCAGGAUCACUUUAUUUGGAUGUUCUACUAAUAAAUCAUUAAUAUUUGUGUUCUGUAGCACAGCAAUGACCAGAUAUUUUUUUGACUUAUCUGAGGGGGAGAGACACAUGUGAAUUAAUAUUAAAUGCUGUAUAACAAUUUUUUUAUGUUGUAUUAUUUUGUUGAGUUACCAAGUAAUGCAAUUUAUGGCAUGUGAUGAAGAAACAAAAAAUUAUCAUUUUAAAUAAACUAACAAGAAUAACCAUGAAAAAAUACAUAAUCUAAAAUCAAAAAUAUAUUUUCAAUAGUUCUUUGAGAAUACCACGGCUUCAUAACAGUUUAUCCUGACAGUUUAUUCUACGUGUGCAAACAAAAUAUGCUAAUAAACAACAGUUCUGCUGAUGAUUCUUUGUUGAAAGACUGCUUAUGCGGGCCGUUUGAAACUAUUUUGUAGUGAUAUGGUUGUUUUCAUGUAAAUGCACAACUUACAAAUUUCUGUAAUUUUACAUGAAUAUUUUUGUUCCAUUGACAAAAAAAAAUUACAAUGUAUCCCAGCAAUUUGCCUGUAAUUUUGGUUGUCAGUAUACCAAGAUGAAUAGAAUCACGAUGUCCGGACUGCACUUGGAACCAGAGUACUCCAGAAUGCACUGCACCAUCUCGCUCCAAUCCUGUUCCAGUACCACUUGUAAACAGAUGCACUUGUCAAUCUCAGCUUGAGCUAUAUUUUACAGUCUGUUGCGAAAAUCACAUCCCAAGUACACGAUGCUGCUGUAUCAAAUUUGUCCCCAUAUGUAUGCUGGCUACCUAUUGUUUGCAAAUAUUCAGGAAAAUAUUCAUAAUUAAAAUUUUGUCAUGACUAAUUGUGUCAUGGUCACUCGUUAAACUUUCAUUUUCUGGGUUACCUACUGAGUAACACCUACCAAAUUGCUUCUAUAAUUUUUUUUUUUUAUCUGUGAUAAGUGAAAAAUGAAAAAUUCAACAUUGUGGGUGAAGCCAAACUUUUUAAGUUAUCCUAUGUGUUAUGACUUAUUAUGUUUGCUAGUUUUUACUUUUACUUAAAACACUUGUUUAACAAGGUUUUUAUUGUUUCUUCCGCUCCUGUGUGUGGUGUGUGUCCAUGUUGAAACAAAAAGGUUCCAAUAUGAUGUUUUUGCCAUCAUACUAUGGCUGCCUAGUAUUAUCAAAGUAGUAAAGUAUGUACACCCGCCCCUCAAAGUAUUGUGUUUGAUUUACACAGUUUUAAAGUAACGAUGCCAAUAAAUUAUGGCAAAAUUUGAAGUAGAUCUAUUUCCUUUUAAGUGAAUUUUAUUCCUGUGUGUGCACAAUUGCAGCACCACUUGCGUACCAUUAAAUACAAUAAAACAAAUUAAUAAUGUGACAAAUUAACAAACAAUAUAUUUUUUUUUUAAACUUUUAUUUGUAACUAUUUGCUUCUUUCAUUGCGUAUUUAUCUCCGACAGCCCGAUUGUUCAGCCAGCAUUUAUAUUUUGCCAUCCCGCAUGUCAGCAGCAGCUCUGGAGAGAAAAGAGCUUUCAAGGCUAGUUUACCUCGCGCCUGUUAGGCUGCGCUAGUGUAAAUCAUGACACACACAUUUAGUAACAAUUAUGUUAACAGAUUAAACAAUCUUUCUAAUAAUAGAAAACAUUUAGUAUAUGAUUUCUUUUUUAAUUUUUUAAAUAUAUCUCCCAUAUUAAUAGCAUUAUGAUUUUGUUACUCAGAAAUGUUGAGCCCCUUAGGAAUGUUAUACCCAAGCCAUAUUACAUAAACAAUGGGGUCUGUGGAAUUUUUGGAUUUAAUGUUAGGUUUUUUAAUCUGAAGAUGUUACUCAACAUUUAUUUAAAUGUACUUAAAAUGAAUUUUAAACAUACAUUAGUAUUAUAAAUUGAUUUUAAUGGGAGUAGUGUGUUGAUAAAAUGUUAGUCAGCAAGCAUACUUAACUGAUUGGAAAACAAAUUAUUUUGAUUAACAUAUGUUUUUAUGGAAAAAAACUUAUUUUAUUAGCGCUGUUUCAAUUAGAGCUCUGUUUUCCUGAAAUUAAUUAGAGCGUUACUUCGAGGGGCGGUUGUACUUAAAAUGAUUCAUUCAAAUAAUGUGAGUUUUCCAUCGUUUGGGAAUUCACUAGCAACACAAUUUGUGAUAAAAGUAAUUUGCUAACAUCACUUUGAAAUAUGUCAUUAAAAAGCAUCUGAUCAUUUGUGUUACUGCAUUGUACAUUAUGUAUGAUAUUGAUUAUUAAAUUAUUCUCUCUAUA